AUGGAUGUUCACGUGCUUUAUGGGCCAGAUGUUGCUGAAAACGAAAAUGUGACCACUGCUAUUUCGUAUUCCCAAGCAAUGCACAAACCUACAAAAAAGGAAAACACAACACAAGAAAUAAAUGCAAUAGCCAAGUCCAAAUUACAAAUUCUAGUGAAGCACAAACCUACAAAAGAAGGAAAAAGAAGCACAAAUGCAAGAAAUCAUUCAGUCCAAAUCAAUCUUAGUAAAGCACAAACCUACAAAAGAAGAGAAGAAAUUAAAAGCAGAAACAACAGCAAGAAAAUGGAAGCUACUUACCAUUACAGAAAAGCCAAAUUACCAAGCCCAGUGAAGCACAACACAGGAAAUGAAACUACAACUAAGUCUAUCUCACAAAUCCCGGAGAAGCACAAAUGCGAGAAAUUAUACAGUCCAAACAAUCCCAGCGAAACACAACCCUACAAAAGAAGAGAAGAAAUUAAAAACAAAGCCAAAUCACUAAACCCAGUGAAACACAACACAGGAAAUGAAACUACAACCAAGUCUACAUCACAAAUUCCAGAGAAGCACAAAUGUGAGAAAUUAUACAGUUCAAACAAUCCUGGUGAAGCACAACCCUACAAAAGAAGAGAAGGAAUUAAAAACAAAGCCAAAUCACCAAUCCCAGCGAAGCAUAAUACAGGAAAUGAAGCUACAACCAAGUCUACAUCACAAAUCUUAGAAAAGCACAAACGUGAGAAAUUAUACAGUUCAAAUCAAUCCCAGCAAAGCACAACUCUACAAAAGAAGAGAAGGAAUUAA